ACUCGUUGAACAAAUGUACAGUCAGCUGGACAAGUUUGUUUUUGCUUAAUGUAUGUGUUACUCACAAACGUACACAUACGUCUACACCGGAGCGAUAGAUUACAAAAUGUGUGAAAAUUAACUAUACAGGCAAUCUAAAUAAUGUAUUUGAUCUUAAAGGAGGAAUUAGUGAAAAGGAUCUAUGGUUGACUGCUGUGUCGGGGAGCACACGAAGGUCUGUAUGAAAAAUGGUGGACAUUUUUCAUUACUCGUACUCGUAUAACCUAAAGCUGAGUGACUUGUUGAUGAAAGCCCCCUCACACCUUUGUAUCGGAAAGCAUCUCUAUCAGCAAACGAUGGACCAAUCUGAAUAUUGUGACGUCACAAUCGUAGCAGGACAUAAAACGCUGAAGGCCCACUGGUGUGUCCUGGUGAUGUGUCCCUACUUUCAAGCUCUGUACCACAGUGGAUUGAAGGAAAGACAGGAAGGUCAGGUGCAACUCCAGAUAGGCAACAGUGACGUCAUUGUUGACGUUAUAAGUUUCCUGUAUAGCGGCACAAUAACGGUGAAUGACAAAAGAGUGAAGGAUAUUUUGCAAGUUGCGGAUUACCUGCAGAUAGAUUCACUGACGCAACUUUGUGACGAAUAUCUGAGACGUUCUGUAACUUUCAUUAAUUGUACCCAAUUCAUUCUCCUUUCGAAGACAUACAGACUGAAGGUGUAUGAUGAAGUGAUGUCAUAUCUGCUCUCUGAAAUACCAAUAAUUCUUAACCGACCAGAUGCGGUGCAGCUCCCUGUCGAUGUUCUACUGAGGUUGAUUCAAGACCCAACAUUGAGUUAUGUCCCUAGAAGUUUGCUGUUUGAAUUUCUCGUUCGCUGGGUGGAUAAUGACCCCAAGCAAAGGGAAGAAUUUUUUGAAACCGUGUUUCACGAGUUGGAUCUAUUGAAACUAGACAAGGCAUUUAUAAAGGAGCAGGUAAUGACAUGUCAGUAUGUUUCAGGUCGUGAUUCAUGCGUUAAAAGGUGUUCACAGUCAUUAACCCGUCUUCUAUCACCUAGUACAGAUGGUAGAAUCGAUGCUAUAGUUGUUCUAGGUGGUAUUGACGAGAGGAACUCUAGAAUGGAUUACAUGUUCGCAUACAUCGUCAACGAGAACCGCUGGACCAAACUUUUGAACGUACAUUCUGUAUCGGAGACGCCAAGUAUUUCUGUCUGUGGCAGCACAUAUGUUCAUGUAUUCAAACAGAUAAAUGGCGACCUAGUUUCAAACGAAUACAAGUAUUUCAAAAAAUUCAGCUUUGUUACGAACGAGUGGCAGCAUCUUUAUUGGAAAAAUGUAAAGAACUUACCCGAAGAUUUGAUAAUUACAAGCGUCAACGCAAUGUUAUUCGCAACAAGUACGGGGAAGGUAUGUUAUGUGGGCUUUUGUAAAAGCAAGAAUGGCAAAAAGCCCGGAAUUUGUGCGUGUCUUGUAGGGGCCGAUGCUCAGUCCACGUUUCCCUUUCGGCUGGUAUGCUUGACAAGUGCUCGGAAAACCAUGCGGGUCUGCAUUGUUCAUGAAAGGUACGUUUGCAUCGUGAUCAGAAGCAUCAAUGGCCGACAAUUACUGCUUAAACUUUAUUUGAUCGACACCGCCAUGCAAUCAUGGAGAGUUGAGGAAUAUUCUACCAGCAGCGUUUUUUUGUCUCGCGGGUAUGACCACUGCUUUGUGUUGACUGAUAAAGUGUUCGUCACUAAGGACAUUUUCAAAGACGACUUCAUUACCUUCGAUAUAACUACCCGCACGUGGACAACCAUGAAAUCAAAGUCAUUUCCAGUGCCAAAGUUGUUAAACUAUAGCUUUGCGACAUUAGGAAAUAAGAUGUUUGUCUUUGGAGGGAAAGACGAGGCCUCGUGUGUAACAAAAAACGUGUAUGUUCUUGACUUUGACAGUGGGAGCUGUACCCAACUUUCUCCUAUGCCCAUGCGACUGUUUAACAGCCAGGCAGUGCGCGUGCGUAUCCCUGGUAACGUGUGCCACAGGCAGUGUCCUCAUUGCAAUUACCGCGCUGACUUCAUUACACGUGAAAGAUGAAUGCAGGGAAAAGAUCAGUAUUCUUAGGCAUGUUCUCGAACCAGAGACUCCCAACCUUAUUUGGAAAACUUCGCUCCCAAAGUGGUCCAGUGCGAUGCCGAAAAUGUAUGAUGACUACAACAGCCAAUCUAACGUGUUUUUGUAAUUUGAAUAACUGUGCUUGAAUUGAUGUAAACAUGCGAACAAAGCAUGUGAUUUAUGGAAGUAUUACACAAUUAUUAUGCCUGUACUAUAAUAAAGACAUGUUUCAUAUAACUGAUUGUGAUUUAAAACGGGUACUUGUAUAUCAACAUAGGAUAAUACAAAGAAUAUGUGUUACUCGCUCGAAACUCAAAUAAAUACGUUUACCCGACUAGACGAUAAAUGUGUUUGUAAAUGUUUCUUUAUUUAUAAAGUGCGAAAAAUUU